AAACUACAAAUUUGGACAAGGCUGAGUGUGGUGGCAUAUGAGACAUGAGCCACAAUACAGUGUCCAUCCCUGGGGAGAAGAGGGGUGUGGUGAUCGCACACUGCCCCAGCCAGCCACUGCUGCCUUCCAGACGGCGCCAACCCCCCGGCUUAGGCAGGCAGCAGUCGGUCACUUUGCCGAGUCUUCCACUUGGGCAGGGUUCAGUGGGGACAGCUUGUUUGCUCCCCCUGCACGAGCGAGGUCAGUUCCCAGGUGGGAGUGACCCAUGUCCAGGGGAUUGGCGUCAUCUGGAGAUUCGCAGUGGGCGCGUGCCAGCUCGGUCCUCAGUCCGGCCUGGCUGGCAGAACUGCGGCAGCCCAGGAAACACCACAAAUUGAGUGGAGCAUGGCUUCGCCCCGCAGAAGUUUACUCUCAAAAUUCCGCGGGCCAGAAAUCUGAAAUGAAAAUGUCGAAAGGGCUGUGCUUCCUCAAAAUGCUAGACCGGACGUCGCCCUCCCACUCUGAGGGCGCUGGUCCCCGCGCCCGCCUGCUCGCCACGCGGGCGCACAAGGGGCCCCGCGUGCUUCCCGGCGCCCGCUGUCCUCGGCCCGGGGGCGGCCCAGGGUCGCUCAAACGCUCAGCCGGGCGGGGUCCGCCGCUGCAGACCCCAGCGGAGCCGAGGCCCCGCCCACGCAGGUCGCGCUGCGGACAGGCCGGCGGGAGCAGCGGAGGGGCGUGUCCUCUGGAAGCCCCGCCCCUGCGUCGCGGCCCCUGGGCGGAGCCCGCCUCGCCGGAAGCGCGGUGCUGGGCCCGAGGCUCGGCUGCCGUUCGGGGACCGCUGGGGACGGGCAGCCCGCCAGGAUGGGCAGCAGCUCGCUGUCCGAGGACUACCGUCUGUGCCUGGAGCGUGAACUGCGGCGUGGCCGCGCGGGUGUGUGCGGGGACCCGUCGUUGCGCGCGGUGCUCUGGCAGAUCCUGGUGGAAGACUUCGACCUGCACGGGGCGCUGCAGGACGACGCGCUGGCGCUGCUCACCGACGGCCUAUGGGGCCGCGCCGACCUGGCCCCCGCGCUGCGCGGCCUGGCCCGCGCCUUCGAGCUGCUGGAACUGGCCGCCGUGCACCUGUAUCUGCUGCCGUGGAGGAAGGAGUUCACCACCAUCAAGACCUUCUCGGGGGCCUACGUCCACGUGCUGAAGGCCGCACUCUCUGAGGACCUCCUCGUCCAGAACUUCCAGAAGAUGGGUUACGUGCUCAGGGACAACCACCGCCUCAUGGUUGCUGCCCCACCUCCUGCCUGCCAGCUGGUGCAAGUGGCUUUGGGCUGCUUUGCCCUGCGGCUGGAGUGUGAGAUCCUGGGUGAAGUACUGGCACAGCUGGGCACCAGCGUGCUGCCGGCCGAGGAGCUGCUGCAGGCGCGGCGGGCAAGCGCAGACGUGGCCUCCUGUGUGGCCUGGCUGCAGCAGCGGCUGGCCCGAGAAGAAGAGCCACCACCCCUGCCCCCCCGGGGCUCCCCGGCUAUGUACCACGCCCAGGUGGACCUCUACCGAGACCUGCAGGAGGAUGAGGGCUCAGAGGAGGCCAGCCUGUAUGGUGGGCCCUCGCCAAGCCCGGAUUCACCCUCCUCAGAGCUGGCCUACAGGCCUUCACUCUGGGAGCAGAGCGCCAAACUUUGGAGUGCCGGGGGUGGAGCCUGGGAACGGCCUACGGAGGCAGAGGUGCCCCCGAGGGCCAGCAGCCCGCCCUACGGGGCCUUGGAGGAGCUGGAGCCGGAGCCUGAGGCGUUCUCCUUCCUCUCUCUGCGCAGAGAGCUGCCCUGUCAGCCUGUGGACCUGGCUGCUCCCAGAGCCCCUGGGAAGGCCAGCCCCCAGUGUGCCCAUACGCCCAUCCUCGAGCACCCUGGCUACCAGGUGCACAGCUGUCUGGCCCCUGGGACCCUGCCCACCCUCUGCUGUGACACGUGUUGCCAGCUGCAUGCUGCCCACUGUACUGCCCUGCCUGCCUGCCGCCUGGGUCACACUCUGCGCGCACUGCUUGGUGACACUCAGCAGCGCCUGUGGCUUCAGCGUGCCCAGGUGGACACCCUGCUCUAUGAUGGACCCAGUGCCCAGCCUUAGGCCCAGCCAGGUGCCAGGUUGAGGGCUUUCCAGAGACAGUUUCUGUGGUGCUUCUCUGGGCCAUGUCCCUCCUUAAGCCUGGGCCACUGGCUUACCCGCCUCUCCUGCCCCUCCAGGAAUCCUGGGCACAGCUGGGGUGGGGGUGGGGGGCACAAAGUGGGAGGUGGGGUCCUGCCUUCCACAGGAAGCUCCUGCCUUGGGCCAGCUGAACUCCAGUCCCCAGACGCACGCCUGUGUGUCCUGGUCACGGCACCAAGCCUGUCCCCACGAAGGGCCUUCGCCCUCCCUCUUUCACCUCUCCCUUCUCCCUCCCUAAGGGCCCAGUGGUUGGCCUGCAGCUCCUGACCUGGUCGCUCCAGGUGUCCAGGGGGUUCUUUCUACAGAGGUGUCCUCAGGCUGCAGGUGACACUGUGAGCAUGAGCCCUGCUGGGACCAGUCUGGGGCACUGCCAGGCACAUGGCUGGCCUGGCCCCUUCCUGUGACUGCCACAGGCCAGUGUUGAAUGAGCUGAGUGCUGGCCUGAGAUGGGCUCCAUGUGCCCCUGUCACAGCUGGGCAGGAAAGUGGGGAGAAGAAAUGACCUGAUCUCAAACCAGAGUGAAGAGCCCCAAGAGCUCUCUGGACAGGCAGCAGGAGGUGGGUGACUGUCAGGGACCUGGACAGGUCAGGAGUGUCACUCCCCUUGCAGGUGGCAUGUGGCAGCUUCUACGUAACCAGCAUCUCAGAAGCUGCCCUGCUACAUCGGCUGUGAAAGGCAGGGUGGGAGUCUCACAGGCUUUGCACUCGCCCAUCCUGGGCCCAGGGAUAAAGCAGCCACCCUGAGGCAGGCUGAAGGCCAGGGCAGGCAGGCGGGUAGAGCCCCUUCAGGGGGCUGUCCCAGGAGCCCUCAGCCCACAGGACUGGAGGGCAGGUGCCUGUCUUCUGUGCUGGACCCUCACUGGGUGCUCUGCCCGUCCAUCUGUCUCAUCUCCCCUCAUCCCCAGCCCGCCUGUCAUAUCCCAUGAAUCAGAACCUCAGAGAACAUUAAACACCACUGAACCCA